AUGGAGACCUACACUCCAUUGGUUUCCAAAACAUCCGCGAACCAGGAUCACGGCGGUGAAGCAUUCGCGGGACACGAGGAAACCGACAUUGCCUCACUGACAGAGAGAAACGAGGGUUACCCAUCCCAUCUCGUAUAUCCGUCGUGCGGUGGACGUUCCAAAGCUUUAACCACCUUGUGCCAAUUGUCAAAGACAGAUUAUUUAAGCUCUCACCUGAGCGAGUCUCGGGCAGGACAGCUGGGCAGCAUGAGUCUCACUUGCGAAGAUAAGAUUGAUUGUAAAUCCGAGGCGGGCGAACGGCACCUUCUUUGGAGCGGUACAGUUGAUACGUUCAAGACGCUGAGCAUUGAGAGAAGUGGCCCGGGCAACCUUUGCGAGACCUAUAUCUUGUCACUCAUUCCACGUUCUUCUUGGGAUGCGGGUAUAUCUCUGAGAGUCCUGUACAACGACAACACGUCCUUUGAGGACGGUGAAGCUACGCCCUUGCGGUGGAUCAUAGUGGAUCCUUCGGAUAACGAGCGGGCGGAGACACCUUCCUUGCCUUCGAACCCUGGAAGGGAAAGAAGGGGAGGAAAACGGAAGUCCAAGACGGGUGCGAAUGUGACGCGUCGGAGGAUAACGUUAUUUGGCUUUGACCUCUUUGGACGACCACCACCCAUCCAACUCCCAGACGAUAACGAUGAUGCGCCCUUAUUCCGUCGUCACAGCAGCGGUGGUAGAAGCACACCCACAGCAACGUAUACCUUCGACUCUGACGCCGCGCCGUUGCCCACCAUCCAAUCCAUCUCCAUGUCCAAAGCUAGUGAAGCAGCCAAUGCAGAGGCGAAGCGUAAGGAGGAGAGGAGGCAAAGGAGGAAUGAGAUGAAGGGGCUGGUGUUGGCGAUGGGGAGGAGUUUGAAGGGUUUCAGGGGAGUGUGGUGCUGGGGCUGGUGGGGGGACGACGGCUACGUCUUCGUGGGGGUCUCAUUGUCGUUCGCAAUCUCACUCCCAAUCCCAGCAAACGAAAGAAGACUUCGGGGACUUCGUAUCCGCCCUCCUCCAAUAGCAGCAGAGCAAGACGACGAAGAUGCAGAUCUCGACGGAAGCCUCUACGCGCGCAAAAAGUCAAAGUCUACGAACGGCGUUCACUCGAUUGGAGGAACCUCGGAUUCGCGUCGUAAUCGCUCUUCUUUGAGCCGGACCUCCGCGUUUGUGUCUGAUAGAGCUCAACAACACAUCUCACAAGCCACCCUUCCUGUCAUUGGGAAACUGCCACUAGGUGCACUGAUCCGUCCACCAGCCUAUCGAAUGGCAGGCAGUUCAUCCUCCAAAUCCAAGACGGUGCUUGGACUGACGAUCUCAGCCUCGCUGACGGUGUACGCGGGUGAGGAAGGUGAUACGAGGGAGGGUGAUUGGGAGGAGGUUUUUGACUUUGAUCUGGACUGA